UUCUGAUAUGAUUUAAAUGUAAAUGUUUUAUCUUUGUUUUUGUUAAAUAAGUCAGCACUUUUUAUGUCAGCGGAGGGUUAAAACUCUUCUCCGCGUAACGCCCAGAUGACGUUUAUGGCGCCAGAAAUCAAGGCUUACGGAGGAGCCAGUUUGUGUCAGCAGAGGAAGGCUGCGCGCUAUUUCUGUUAUGAAGACGUUAGCUUAAACUCGGCCAUAACCGACUGAGGGAUUCAUCUUUUGAGGUGGUAUUAAAGUCAAGAUGGUGGUUCUACGCAGCAGCGGUGGCGUCGGAGCCGAACCGAUGGCUACCGCUCCGAAGAGGAGGUCGAUGGACCUGGAAACGAGCACCGACUUUCUGUCGCUGAUUCCCGCGUCGCAGAGAAAGUCCGCCCGAAUGACCCGAUCCUCUCGGUCCCUGAAUGACAGCUUCAGCAGCCCAGAAAACACCCCCAUAAAUGGUCAUGCGGAUCUGAAACAGGACGAUGGAAGAAGUCUCAGUCACUCCCUACGGAGCAGAGGACGAGUUAAACUGGAAGUUUCCUUUUCUGACAUGGAGCCCAAAACCAGCUCUCCUGUGGAUGAGGACAAAGCUGAGGGCUACUGCACCAGGAAGUCCUCUCGGCUUCAGAGAGAAGCAAAGUCCACAUGCGAGAAGCAGCGAGAAGAUGUUCCAGAUGAAGUGGAGGCAUCAUCCACCCCCAAGAGGAGUCGCUUCAACCUGCAGAGUCGGGGGGUGGAGGAGGAGGAAGAGGAGGAGGAAGAUCACUCGGUGCGAAGAAGCUCCAGAAUCACUAGAUAUAAGCUGGACUCCCGUAAACAGUCUGCGCUCUAUGAUCGCCUCAUCACCAACACCGCUGAAGCAGUCCUCCAAAAGAUGGACGACAUGCAGAAGAUGAGACGCCGACUGAGAAGCAGAGACAGGGAAAAUACAGAAGAGCUUGGUGUCUACAGUUCAGAUAGAAUGAGAAGGUCUCUGAGGACCAGCACUAAGAAUAAUAAAUCUGAAGAGAAGAACCAGGAGGCAGAUGAGGAUGAUCAUGGCGAAGAUGGGGAAGAUGAAGAGGACGAUGAGGAUGGCGAAGAUGAGGAAGAGGAAAACCACCAACGAUACGACUUCCGACAGAGAAAGACGGUUGUUCGCUACCAGGCCCCGUUAGACGAACCCCGGGAGCCCAGGAAACGCAGCAUGUAUUUUAAGGAGCACUCGUCUCCUACCAGACGCAGGUUCAGGUUCAGCUCCACGGCCCCCAGGAGCCCCUAUAACCAAAGGAGAACCAGCAGGAGUAGUUCUGAGAGGAGAAGACACGCCAUCCACAGCAGCGACUCCACAUCAUCGUCAUCUGAUGAUGAGAAAUUCCAGAGGCGACGCAGUAAAAACCGGAGCAGGCCGGUCAACAGGUGUCUGCCGAUGAACCUCGUUAAAGAAGACCUGCUGGGGAUCCAUAAAGACAGGAUGAAGAUCGGAGCCAGCCUCGCUGACGUAGACCCCAUGCAGAUAGACAAAACGGUUCGCUUCGACAGCAUUGGAGGUCUGAGCAGACACAUUUCAUCCCUGAAGGAGAUGGUGGUGUUCCCCCUGCUCUACCCAGAGGUGUUUGAGAGGUUCAGAAUUCAACCACCAAGGGGCUGCCUUUUUUAUGGCCCCCCAGGCACUGGGAAAACCCUGGUGGCCAGAGCGCUGGCCAACGAGUGCAGCCAGGGGGAAAGGAAGGUGGCCUUCUUCAUGAGGAAAGGAGCCGACUGUCUGAGCAAGUGGGUGGGGGAGUCGGAGAGACAGCUACGGCUACUGUUUGAUCAGGCCUAUCAAAUGCGCCCGUCUAUCAUCUUCUUUGAUGAGAUUGAUGGUUUGGCUCCAGUGCGAUCCAGCCGUCAGGACCAAAUCCACAGUUCCAUUGUGUCGACCCUCCUGGCCCUUAUGGACGGGUUGGACAGCAGAGGAGAGGUUGUCGUUAUCGGAGCUACAAACAGGCUGGACUCCAUCGACCCGGCUCUGAGGAGACCCGGUCGAUUCGACAGAGAGUUCCUGUUCGGCCUGCCGGACAGAGAGGCAAGGAAAGACAUCCUGAAGAUUCACACCAGACAGUGGACUCCUCCACCUUCGGAGGCUUUUCUGGAGGAGCUUGCAGAAAAAUGUGUUGGCUACUGUGGAGCAGAUAUCAAGGCUGUUUGUUCAGAGGCAGCUCUAUGUGCCCUCCGGCGCCGCUAUCCACAAAUCUACUCUUCUUCUCAAAAACUGGUUCUGGACGUGAACUCCAUCGUCAUCACCAGCAGAGACUUUAAGUGCGCCAUGUCCAAGAUGGUACCAGCUGCCCAACGUGCGGUAGUGUCUCCAGCUAAAGCUUUGAUACCUGCCAUCCGUCCUCUGCUGAACGCCACCCUGCAGAAGGUUCUGGACACUGUGAGACGCGUCUUCCCACACGCCGAGCAGGGCUUGAAGAGGAAGAGAGGACAAGAUGUGAGCUGUGGGAUAUCGGAUGAGGAUCUGAUGUUCAGUGAGGAAGAAGACUGUGAGGUCUCCUCUCAAGCUCAGAUACAAACCCCUGCUGCCAGCGGCCUCCUCAGUCUCAGCGGGAGCGUGUUGAGUCAGCCCACAUCCUACCGACCACGGCUCCUGCUGGAGGGCCGACCGGGCUCGGGUCAGAGCUCACAUUUGGGCCCCGCCGUUCUCCACGCUCUGGAGAAGUUCACAGUAUACACCCUGGACAUGGCCGUCCUGUUUGGAGCCAGCGCUACAGCCCCUGAAGAAACGUGUGCAAAGAUUUUUGUAGAAGCCAAGCGAACGUCUCCCAGUAUCCUGUACAUCCCUCAUAUUGGACAGUGGUGGGAAACUGUAGGUUCUGCUUUAAGAGCCACUUUCCUCAGCCUCCUCAGCUCCAUCCCUGCCUUCUCUCCUAUUCUGUUGCUGGCCACCUGCAGCCUCCGCUAUGAGCAGCUCAGUAUGGAGGUGCAGGAGUUGUUUCGUGUCGAGUAUGGAGAAGUUUUCAAUGUACCAGCCCCCAGCAGCCAAGAGAGGAGGGACUUCUUUGAGGAUCUGAUCCUCAACCAGGCUGCAAAGGCCCCCGCCUCAAAGAGAAAAGCUGUGCUCCGAGCGUUAGAGGUGCUACCAGUCGCUCCCCCGGCUCCGCCACGUCAGCUGACGGAGGAGGAAAGCAGACGCCUGGAUGAGCAGGAAGAAGACACCCUCAGGGAGCUGCGUCUGUUUCUGCGUGACGUUACAAACCGCCUCUCUCAAGAUAAACGCUUCAAGGCUUUUACCAAGCCUGUGGAUCUAGAGGAGGUUCCAGAUUAUGCUGAAGUCAUCAAGACGCCCAUGGACCUGUCUACAGUCCUCUCCAGGAUAGACCUCCAUCACUACAGCACGGUCAAAGAGUUUCUCCAGGACGUAGACCUCAUCUGGCAGAAUGCCCUCGAAUACAACCCAGACAGGGACCCCUCAGACCGUCAGAUCCGUCACAGAGCGUGUGCUUUGAAGGACACCGUCCACGCCAUCAUCCGAGAAGAACUGGAUGAGGAUUUUGAGAAGAUUUGUGAGGAGAUCAAAGAGUCACGCAAAACAAGAGGUUGCUUUACAACGCGAUACGCUCCCUCCUUCUACCACGUCCUUCCCAAACAGCCCAGGGCUGCUGCAGAAACCAGCGUCCAUGAUGUCAUCCCACAAAACCAGGCGGUUGAAUCCUCUCCUGCAGCAGCAGUGAAUACAUCUCUUUCUGCCGUUACAACUCCUAAAAACACAGCACAUAAGAAGAAGCGUCGGAGAAGUCGCUGGUCUAUUGGGUACAUUGCUAAGAGGAAGCCUUCCUCCUCUCCUCAUGUGUCAAAAGAUGAGGCUCAGUAUGCCUCUGAGGAGGAGGAGGAGUAUGGAGAUGAUGAAGAUGCGGAGAAUCAAGAUGGUGUCGCAGCAAAAGAGGAUCUAAUAGACGCCGGGACAGAACCAGUGAGAGCAGCAGAUCAGGAGGCAGGUGGUGAAGAGGAGUCCAUCCGGCGCGAUGAAGAGACACUAGAAAAGGACGAAGCUGUCCAACAUAAAUCGGAGACGUUUCAAAACGCCAUGGGAGGAGAUGAGAACAUCAAAGGCAUCGCUUGCUGCAGUGAGGAAGAGGAGGAAACACAGCAGCCCACUGCCACAGAAAACAUGAUUACUGGAAACCAGUCAGAGAUGGAAAACAGUCUUUCUGCUGAGGAUCAAAACUGUAAACCAGUGGGUGAAGCAGAGCUGAGCAAACCUGCUGAGCCAAUGGUGGUGGAUGGGGCAGAGACAGCAAUCACAGAAGCAGCAGCAGCUGGCAGGAGUGACAUGGACACCAGUUCAGAGCGAAACGUGAGACGAAUGACCCGAGCCCUGAAGAACACAGUACUGCAGCAGCACAUGGUCCCUGUGGACAAAGCUCUACAGAUCCUCAACGAGGAAAGUCCUCCUCUGGUUGUGGACAGAGACAAGUUACAGGAGCUGCUGGAUAAGGUGGUGGCAAAGACCGAAGGCUAUGAGGUUUACAAGCUGGAAAAACUCUACGCUGUUCUCUGUCAGAGCAUCUACAGACACAGACAUGACUACAAUAAAACCGCAUUGAUACAGGAGUUGGAGAUAGAAAUCAAAGACUUCUGAUCAUUCAGACUGAUUUUGGAGAAAAUAUUGACUUAAUCCUCGUCAUCCAUGUGAAUAUUCAGGCAUUGAUCCUACUUUUAUUGUAGAAAACAAUAGUUAUCUAUAUUUGUUAUUUAGAUGAAGCUUUGUAUUACAGCUUGUUUAUAUGUAAUUAAAGGCUUUUUCACCUGUUAUUAUUAUUGUUUAUCAUUUGUGCUUUCAGAUCUUCUGCACUUGUGAAACUGCAAACUGUAAAAGGAAUACACUGAUGAUUUUAUUUCUCCAUUUUCCUAUGAACCCAUGUUUGACAUUUCACUGAGAGUGGGACUAAAUUAAAUACCAUCUGUGAACCGUCA